AUGCUCUUGUUCGGUGGGAACCCUGGUAUCGAAGAGUAUCAGAACGACCGGAUGUGCGACUUCUGGUGCUUCCAAGCGCUGAAUGAAGAUCCCGCCGAAAUCAUGCUCAAACUAAGGGGCCUCCUGCUCGAAGCAGAAUUUCUUGAAAUCAAAGCAAAAAGCCCGACAGAAGCUCUCACCCUUCUUCGAUCAGAGAAAUCGGUCGAUCUCUUAUCACGUGAGACGCGAGAGUCCCUUGCCGCCCAAAUCUUUGAAUCAAGCGACGAAAGCGCGUGGAGCAUCCGCAGUUGCACCUUUUCCCAGCUCAUGAAGUUCCUAAACGAAGACCUUGUCGAGCCAAGAAGCAACCUUCAACAGCUCAUUUCAAACUCUAUCGACAUCGUUACUAAUUGA